CACCGUCACCACCUCUCACUCCAUUUCACGCACUCGUUAUCAUUACACGAAGAAACCACUGCAAAAGCACAGAACAUCCCAACAGAAACCUCUAACUCUCUCGCUCUCUCUCUCCCCGUCUCUCCGGCAUCGGUUUUUUUCGACCGUUGUAAAUUUUAUUUACCAGGUGAAUAUCUUAGGUGGCACUACAACCUUUGAAGGGGAGGCUAUAAUCAGGUUUAUCAGCAUAUGGAAGUUCGAGGAGCUUUUAGUUCAGAUGGUGGAAAAAGCUAUCGUGAAUUGACCCCUCUAAGGCUGAUCAGGGGAGUUGUAUGUUUAUUGGUGCUACUUUUGACAGCAUUUAUGACAUUGGUUUAUUGCGGCUUUGUGAGUGCUGUUCUGUUGCGACUCGUCAGCAUACAUCGCAGCAGGAAAGUAACAUCCUUUUUCUUUGGCUCUUGGUUAGCUCUGUGGCCUUUUCUCUUUGAAAAGAUUAAUAAAACCAAAGUAAUUUUUUCUGGCGAGAUUGUUCCUGAUAGGGAACGAGUUUUGCUUAUUGCAAACCACAGAACUGAGGUUGAUUGGAUGUACUUGUGGGACCUUGCAUUGCGGAAGGGAUGUUUGGGAUGCAUUAGAUAUGUCCUUAAGAGCAGUUUGAUGAAAUUACCUGUAUUUGGCUGGGGAUUCCACAUUUUGGAGUUUAUCUCAGUGGAGAGGAAGUGGGAGGUUGACGAAUCAAACAUACACCAAAUGCUUUCAAGUUUUAAGGAUCCCAGGGAUCCCCUCUGGCUUGCUCUUUUCCCAGAAGGAACAGAUUUCACUGAGCAGAAGUGUAUAAGGAGUAAAAAAUACGCAGCUGAACAUGGGUUGCCUAUCCUGAACAAUGUGCUGCUACCAAAGACAAAAGGGUUUUAUGCUUGCAUGGAAGAUUUGAGGGGUUCAUUGGAUGCAGUUUAUGACGUGACCAUUGGCUACAAACCUCGAUGCCCAUCUUUGUUGGACAAUGUCUUUGGGGUGAACCCUUCAGAAGUUCAUAUUCAUGUCAGGCGAAUAGCCCUUGGUGAAAUCCCAACAUCCGAGAAGGAGGUUUCUGCAUGGUUGACGAAUACAUUCCAGCUGAAGGACCAAUUACUUUCUGAUUUUUAUUUGCAAGGCCAUUUUCCUCAUCAAGGAACUGAAGGGGAUCUUUCAACAGUGAAGUGUCUUGUAAAUUUUGUGGCCUUAAUGAUGUUGAUUAGCACAUUUACAUUUUUCACUAUCUUUUCAUCAGUUUGGUUCAAAAUUUAUGUAUCUUUAGUGUGUUGUUACCUGUCAUCUGCAACCUACUUCAAUGUUCGUCCGAAGCCACUGCUAUAAGGUGGCAUAGAACAUCAAUUGCAGGUGAGUGGUGUAGCAAGGCUUAAAAAGCCAGUUGCCUUUUGUAUAGAUCUUCAAAAUUGCGCGCACGCGCGCACGGAGAAGGAUGCUGUAAGCCUCUGCUCAUAUUGGGUAGCUUAAUCUCAUGUUAUGCCUAGAAAUAUUUAUUGGUACUGGCUUUCAAGUUCACGUCACAUAGCAGAAUGCCACCUUUGUGUGGAGUCUGUUCUCCACUUUCGUGCGGUGAUGCAUCUUGAUUUGCCACCUCAAAAACUUCCAGUGCGCUAGCCACCAUGACAUUAGAGCUGGGGUGAUGUUGGAUGGGUUUUAUGCAGUCAAAAGGAGUUGGUGGUGAUUAAAGAAAACUCACCCAGGAAAGAAAACAAAAUUUUACGCUGACCAGUUCAUUUGCCAUUUAAGAAUCCAUACCUACUUCUGAUUGACUUGAAUUUCCUCUUAAGAUGACCUAUUCACACGUUGGAGGAAGUCUGAUUGAUCAUAUGAAGAAUUUUCAUCGCUCCCUAAUUUUAUUCCUUCCCAUUCGUUCAAAUCACAACGCAUGCCCUUUUCCAUUUCUUAAGAUAGAAGUAUCUUUGCCUUGUACUUUGCCUUGUUAUUUUUACUCUUGUAUGAAUCUUCUAAUGUGUGAUGACUUUCCAAGUUAGAAGUGAAUUUCACCAGAAAUUUCCAGUCAAUUACACAA